AUGGCGCUCUCUUGCCCACCGGUACUUGCCAAACCAGACAAUGGAGAAAUGUCGUAUUUGUAUCUCGCCGUAGGUACCGAGGCGAUCAGUGCAGCCCUUGUCAAAGAAUCAAAAGAAGGACGAAAGCCUGUCUAUUUCAUUAGCAAGGUUCUACAAGGAGCAGAGCUUCGAUACCAACAGGUGGAAAAGGUAGCUUUAACGCUUAUCUUUGUCGCGCGGCGAUUAAGACCGUACUUCCAGUGCCAUCCAAUCACCGUCAGGACCAACCAACCAAUUCGCCAAGUCCUGCACAAACCUGACUUGGCUGGAAGGAUGAUGUCUUGGGCGAUCGAGCUGUCCGAGUAUCAAAUCACCUAUGAGCCUAGAACCGCCAUCAAGGCUCAAGCACUCACUAACUUCAUUGCAGAAAUGACACAACUUUCCCCGCCCAAGAACCAAGCCAUGAUAACGCCGUUAUCAGAAGUGUGGAAACUAUACGUAGAUGGCUCGUCAAACGCCAAAGGCUCCGGUGCAGGGAUGAUAAUAGAAAAUCCGGAUGGCGUGGCUGUCGAACAUUCUUUGUCAUUUGAUUUCAACACCACAAAUAACCAGGCAGAAUAUGAGGCCAUGAUAGCUGGUCUGAUCCAAGCAAAGGAAAUGGGGGCCGAACGCCUCAAAGUCUUUAGUGACUCCCAACUGGUGACAUUUCAGAUCUCUGGCGAGUACCAAGCCAAAGGACCACUGAUGUGCAAAUACUUAGAAAAAGUCAGAGAGCUAAUUGGAGGUUUUGAAAGUGUUGAGGUAGAACAUAUCUGGCGUACUGAAAACACCCGGGCGGACGUUCUUUCCAAGCUGGCAAGCACUAAAAGCCCAGGAAACAACCGUUCUAUAGUCCAGCAGAGUAUGCCAAACCCAUGCAUAGUCAUGAGUAUCUCAGAGGCAGCCCCUGAAGCCACUGAAGAAACCUGGAUCACGCCCAUUGUCAAUUAUUUAGCUGAAGGGGUCGUGCCUCUCGACCAAAAAGAUGCUAGAAAGAUAAUUCGCAGAAGCGCCCACUUCUGCAUAGUACAAGGGCGGUUGUACAAGCAACGACUUUCAACCCCACUCCUGAAAUGUUUAAAUCCCACUGAUGUUCCAUACGUGUUAGAAGAAAUCCAUGAAGGAAUCAACGACCAUCACAUGGGCGGUCACUCACUAGCAAAGAAGGCGUUGAGAGCUGGAUUUUAUUGGCCAACCAUGGAACGUGACGCCUAUGAACACGUCAAAAAGUGUGAAAAAUGUUAG